CAGAUGAACCUGCGCUCACCACAGGAGACACGAUACAGCCUCACUCCCUCUUUGAUUUAUUGAAGCUACUUCAAACAACCACUUCUGCUUUCUAAACUUGAGAGCUUUUUUUCAUCUUUCCAUUCAUUCUCUUUCCCUCUCUCUCUUUUUUGUCUCGGACACUGAUCCAUAUCGGUCGACGACGCUGAUUUUCAGUUUCACUCCUUUUCGUCGUGAUGGCACUCGGCGCAGCUACUGUACUCCAGGCAGGGGAUGAGUUGGUGGUGGAUGAAGGCGCACAGCUCGUUUGAUUCCUAUUGUGUAGGCUACGCCGAGGUAUUUUUGCUUCAGCGCUCUCAUUGUGAAAAUUAGAGUGGUUUGUUGGAUCGUCGCCUCCCUGGGCUCAGAUUUAGUUAGAAGUUCGUUCGUUGUUUUCCUUGUAGCCGCUGCAGUCGGCCAUCCCGCGCCGUAACAUGACGAUUAAGCAGUAAAAUAAUAUUGAAGAAAACAGGCCUACACACAGAAACUGGAUAUGGAGUCAGUGAGGACGAGAGCUGCGGCGGGGGUGAAGGAAUUUGCGGGGAAGACCCUGGGUCAUAUGUACAGGGUGAUAGAGAGGAAACAGAAAACCGGGGAGGUAAUCGAGCUGACGGAGGAUGGGCGGCCCCGAGAGGCCGCGGAGAAGAAACCCCCGCUGUGCGACUGCAAGUGCUUCGGUCUGCCCCGCCGCUACAUCAUCGCCAUCAUGAGCGGCCUGGGCUUCUGCAUCUCCUUCGGUAUCCGGUGUAAUCUGGGCGUGGCCAUAGUGGGCAUGGUCAACAACAGCACCAUCCACCAGAACGGCAAGAUCAUCAUCAAAGAGAAAGCCAAGUUUAACUGGGAUCCAGAGACGGUGGGAAUGAUUCACGGAUCUUUUUUCUGGGGCUACAUCGUGACACAAAUCCCGGGAGGAUACAUAUCCUCCAGGCUGGCAGCAAACAGGGUAUUUGGUGCAGCCAUUGUCCUAACCUCGACUCUCAACAUGUUCAUUCCCUCGGCUGCGCGAGUCCAUUAUGGGUGUGUCAUUUUUGUCAGGAUAUUACAAGGGCUGGUAGAGGGAGUGACCUACCCGGCCUGUCAUGGCAUCUGGAGUAAGUGGGCUCCUCCGCUGGAGCGGAGUCGUCUGGCCACCAUAUCAUUCUGUGGCUCCUACGCUGGUGCUGUGAUAGCAAUGCCUCUUGCCGGGAUCCUGGUUCAGUAUUCAGGCUGGUCCUCAGUGUUCUAUGUCUAUGGAUGUUUUGGCAUCUUCUGGUAUAUGUUCUGGAUCCUUGUGUCUUAUGAGAGCCCUGCUGAACAUCCGACUAUUACUGAUGAGGAACGCUGCUACAUUGAGGAGAGCAUUGGAGAGAGUGCCCAGCUAGCGGGUCCUUCUGAGAAAUUCAAGACCCCCUGGAGGAAGUUCUUCACCUCUAUGCCUGUCUAUGCAAUCAUUGUGGCCAACUUCUGCAGGAGCUGGACCUUCUACCUGCUGCUAAUCAGCCAACCUGCUUAUUUUGAGGAAGUGUUUGGCUUUGAGAUAAGCAAGGUCGGCAUACUGUCUGCCCUCCCCCAUUUGGUGAUGACCAUCAUUGUGCCCAUCGGCGGCCAACUGGCCGACUACCUGCGCACCAGGAACAUCGUGACAACUACCACUGUCAGGAAAAUGAUGAACUGUGGAGGAUUUGGCAUGGAGGCCACAUUGCUGCUGGUGGUAGGAUAUUCCCACAGCAAAGGGGUGGCCAUCUCCUUCCUGGUGCUGGCAGUGGGCUUCAGUGGAUUUGCUAUAUCAGGUUUUAACGUCAAUCACUUGGACAUUGCGCCACGUUAUGCCAGUAUCCUAAUGGGCAUCUCUAAUGGUGUGGGUACCCUGUCUGGGAUGGUGUGCCCACUGAUUGUUGGUGCUAUGACAAAGAAUAAGACUCGAGAGGAGUGGCAGUAUGUGUUCCUGAUUGCCUCCCUGGUGCAUUAUGGGGGCGUGAUCUUCUAUGGGCUCUUUGCUUCGGGGGAAAAACAGCCGUGGGCCGACCCAGAGCUGACCAGUGAGGAGAAGUGUGGCUUCAUCGAUGAGGACGAGCUGGCAGAAGAGACAGGCGACAUUACUCAGAGUUAUGGUGCUUUUGGAGGUCCAGCUAAGACGUACGGCGCGACCACCCAGGUAAAUGGAGGCUGGGCUGCCGGCUGGGAGAAGACAGAGGAGUACGUCCAAGAAGAAGCACAGGGAGGAGGCUACGGAUACAGGCAGGAUGAGGGAUACUCCUAGACCAAACACGCAUUCACUGACAUGAGUAGACUUCAUUUCCUGAGUGUGCUUCAGUUUAGUCAUGAAAAAUAUCAACAAAUGAGAAACAAGAAAACUACAAUCCAUUGUUGUAUUGUUUGCACAAAUUCUAAAAAGAAAAUCUAAAAAAUGAUCAACCUACUGUAAAAAUUACUCAAAUAUAUAGAAAAUUUAAAAAUAUUUGAUUAAUAGAGGUGUAACACAUAUCAAAUUGGCAGUAUGUAAAUGUAUUAUUAUGCAUAUUGAUAAUAGAUAUAUUUAUUUGGAGUGCAAUCGUGUGUAGACGUGAACAUUUUCAUCCCCAUCAGCCAAGGCUUCCUGUCCACACUGAAGCCUGUAGGGUUACAUAGAAGCUGUCCAUCAGAGCCAGCCCCUUAUUUAUAAAAAUUAACUGUUACAGUCCGACGUCCUACAAGCCAGCCAUUACAGUGUAUGAAUAUGUCACUGCACAGCAUUGUAAACAGAAACUAGACACUCUGUUGAUAUAGAUUGUACUGUAUCUCUCCUGAAUGCACUCAGAGUAGUGUGACCUCUUAAUGCACAAUAUGAUGAUUUUUGUUUUCUUAUCCACGGCUUCUUGUGUGUGUAACUUUACGUCCUUGACAUGUAAGUGACCUGCUGUAGAGAUUUGAUUUGAGAGUGGCGUAACGACUUGUGAUGACUGUUUGGUUACACUUUGCUAUAUGUGAUCCAUUUUGUACCUCUGCCAUUAAGAGUUUCAGUUUAGCAUUUAGCGAUCCGCCACAUCUCAGCAGUGUAGUGCAGGAGUAAAGCCAUUCUCAUUAUCAUACUCCAUGUUACUGUUAAGCCACAAAAAGUCUAGUUGUACCAAUGCAUUGUUGAAAGACUUGUCUUAAAUAAAACAUAUGAAAGAGAUACAUGAAGGAAAAAAAUAACAUAAGAAUAAAUAAAUAAAUGCAGAAAGACAAUUAAAUACAUAAAUACAUUUUGGUAAAGAAAAAUACUAUUUCUGUACAUUAAUCUAGUCUUUCUCCCCCCUCUUCCUCCUCUCUCCCCCAUUUCUCUCCUCUUUACUCGCCCAGGCGGGACAUGUUAAGUCUGACAGAAUCGGACUCAGGGUGGGCGCAAUCAGGGUGUUGGGGGUUAAAAGAGAGAUACUCCUGUCCACUGUCACCAAGUGGUUUGCUCGUGGAGGGAGCUGUUGGGUUUCUCUCUAUAAUAUUGUAAGUUUACUCUGUAAAGUGCCUUGAGAUAAUGUAUUAUAAGAUUUGGCAAAGAAUCUGUGUACCAGUCAAGUCAAGGCACCCAAUCGAUUACACCACUAUAACCAGUCUGGUGUUAGACUGAGGUAGGACCGCCUACCUAAUUAACAUACAGACCCAUAAAUAAAUAAAUGUAGAGAAAUCUAGAAAUCCACCAAUAAAUAAAUGAGUAA